AUGUCCCCGACAGCUUGCGAAGAGACUAUGUCACAGGAAAAAAAGCUGGAGACCAAGAUAUUUUCCCUUUAUCGCUCGAUCUGGUUUGGCAUCUACCGAGUCCAUGACAGGCACGGCCCGACUCAUGUGAAUCGUCUAGCAGAGCUCUUCGCCGGCGCAGGAAUGUCUUCAUUUGGUAAUAAGCCCGAAGAGAAACUCGACGACCACCACGGCAAUACCAGAUACAAACUGGGGGAUCUUCGCGUUCUCCAGCCUCUGCACAAAGCCCUGACCAAUGCUGGGCCUGGGAGCUUAAAGUUGUUCGAUGGAUUAUCAGUCGCUUCGCUGGAAACAGUGAUUGAGCUCCUUCAGUGCUAUGUGAAUGAGAUCGCUAGUGUGAAUACUCUCUAUCAACUACUUCGUGGGCUCCAGGUGGGGUUCCGAAUGCCAACGAAGGAUGACGAAAAGGCUGUUCUGGAGCAAUUUGUCCCCGUGGCGGAUGAUUUCGCGAGACGAAUUCUACAUCUAGAUGCGAGACUGGAUGUUCUUGUUUCCGAAUUGGAGGAUGAGUUUUGGAAUAAGUAUGGGCCGGUCGAUGGGCGGCAUGGAUGGCUUGUGCACGACGUGCUCUUUCCUCCGAUAGAAACCCAAAAAUUUCGGAAAUCGUCAAAAAUGCGAUUCCGCUAG